CUGCGAAUUGCAAACCUGUUCACUUCAUGCAGUUUUUCUCUCGGGUUUGAAGCAAAGCGGCAGUUUAAAUCGCGCCCUCGCUCGAACUCGGUUCUGCCCUCGGUUUUACACCAGGAAGCGUCUUCCAGCGGAGCUUUUCAGCUCCGUUUUUCCGUGGAUCGCGUCCCGCACCGGUUCGUGUCUCCGCAGUUUGAGUUUAUUCAGCUGUCAAACAAAAUUCGCUGCACCGGAUAUAAAAAUGACAAAAAAAGGGAUGACUUUUUUGCUGCUGUUCUUACCAGUUACUGUGUUUUUUGCCGCUGCUAUACCAUCUGAAGGGCAUCAGAAUAUGACAGAGGACUUCGCUCAACUCAGUGUUACACGGAAUAAAAUUAUGACAGCACAGUAUGAAUGCUACCAGAAAAUCAUGCAAGAUCCUGUUCAUAGGAAGGAAGGUCCUUACUGUAACAGGACAUGGGAUGGGUGGUUGUGCUGGAAUGAUGUUGCUGCUGGAACUGUGUCAGUCCAGCGUUGUCCUGACUACUUUCAGGAUUUCAACCCAUCUGAAAAAGUUACGAAGAUCUGUGAUCCAAGUGGGAAUUGGUUUAGACACCCAGAAAGCAACAGGACGUGGACAAACUAUACUCAGUGUAAUAUCUAUACCCGGGAAAAAGUGAAGACUGCGCUGAAUUUGUAUUAUUUGGCCAUCAUUGGACAUGGGCUUUCAAUUGCAUCACUUCUGAUUUCUCUUGGCAUAUUCUUUUAUUUUAAGAGCCUGAGUUGCCAAAGGAUUACCCUGCAUAAAAAUCUAUUUUUCUCCUUUGUUUGCAACUCUGUUGUAACAAUAAUUUCACUGACUGCUGUUGCCAAUAACCAGGAGUUAGUUGCAACUAAUCCAGUUAGCUGCAAAGUGUCACAGUUCAUCUACCUGUACCUAAUGGGUUGCAACUACUUUUGGAUGCUUUGUGAAGGCAUUUACCUACAUACUCUCAUUGUGGUGGCUGUUUUUGCUGAGAAACAACACUUGCUGUGGUAUUACCUUCUUGGCUGGGGUUUUCCACUGAUCCCUGCCUGCAUACAUGCCGUGGCUAGAAGUUUAUAUUAUAAUGACAAUUGCUGGAUCAGCUCUGAUACUCAUCUGCUGUACAUCAUCCACGGCCCUAUUUGUGCUGCUCUGUUGGUGAAUCUUUUCUUCCUGCUAAAUAUUGUUCGUGUUCUCAUAACCAAGCUGAAAGACACCCACAAGGCAGAGUCCAACCUGUACAUGAAAGCAGUGAGAGCUACCCUGAUUCUUGUUCCACUUCUUGGCAUUGAAUUUGUGCUGUUUCCGUGGCGACCGGAGGGCCGGAUUGCUGAGGAGGUGUAUGACUAUGUGAUGCACAUCCUUAUGCACUACCAGGGUCUACUCGUUGCUACAAUUUUCUGCUUCUUUAAUGGAGAGGUCCAAGCUGUUUUGAGAAGACACUGGAACCAGUACAAAAUCCAGUUUGAGCACAGCUUCAGCCACUCGGAUGCGAUGCGCACUGCCUCCUACACUGUGUCAUCAAUCAGCGACGUCCAGGGCUACAGCUACAACCACGACUGCACCAGCGAACACUUAAAUGGGAAGGGCUACCAUGACACAGAGAGCGUUGUUCUAAAAACUGAAAAGCUGUAUGGGUGACUGCCAAGGGCUCGACGUGUACCAGCAUGCUUUUUCCCACGGACUCCAAGUUUGAUUUAGCGACUUCACGGCCAGAAGAUUUUACCUAACUUGGGAUAUGUAUUUCUUCUGAAUGACACAAGCUAACCCAACACAUUUUUCGUAUGUAUGUAUGUAUAUGCGUGCAUAUAUACGUAUGUUUGUGUUUCUGUGUAUCUAUAUAGUAUGGACAUCUGUACAUACAUCUACCUAUCUGUACAUAUGUCUGUCUAUACAUACAUAUAUCUAUGUAUGUAUGUGCAUUUAUAUAGGGAUACAAACUUUGCCUCUUCAGUUUCUACUGUGUAGACAAAGUUGGCAAUUUUUUGUACAAAGGGAAUCAAUGAAGGAUUUCUUAUUUUCUUGGAAGUUUGUAUAAGACUGUGUUGUGUUGAAGCCACUUCAUUUCCCUGUGGAAUCUUAGAGUGUAAAUACUGUACUGAGUUGUCUUAAUUCAGUUUCAAACAGAACAAAGGAAAAUGCUUACAGUAGGUGCAAUAAUAACAGUAGAUUGUCCAGGUUAAUUUUUUUACUGUCAAAAAUGCCCAACAGGCAGUCUGAGAUAAGACUUGAACAAAUUGAUGGGUUAGUUAGGUCAAAGAUAUUGAUGGUUUGGUUUGACCAGUCUGGUUUGUUUAUUCCACUGUUUUAAACUAAGCAUGGAGACAAGUCCAAGGCUCUAUUUACUUCUGUACUGCAAUAUAACAGUUUACAGCAGGCUUUAAGCGAUUUUAUUUAAAAUAUUUCUGCAUAUACAGGAGUCUCUCCUCCUCCUCAAGUUUAUGGAAAUUUCUUACUGGCUUUAACACAGGCAAGAUCAAUGAGGCCUUACUGCCAAAGAGAGGAGCAGUAACCUGAAUAACUGUAAAUCCUUUCUGAUGCUAAUGCAUAAUUAAAGCAGAUGGAACUUCGCUGUGUGCUUAUGGAAUUUACUCAGCUGGGAAAAGAACACAUACAGAAUUCAUUGUAGUCAUGUUGUUGUUCUGUGUUAUUUUUAAGUAUUUCCCUGGCCAUGUGCUUGAUAAUUUAUUUCUUCAUCUAUGAGGCAAAGUUCUAACUAAUUUUGUGGCUUUUUGUUUGACUGAGAAAAGCACGCAAGACUGAGCGCAGUGCAAAUUACUUUAAAGCCAGUGCAUGAGAUUCAGAUUGAUCAAUCAAACUAAUGUUAGUAUUCGUCAUUAUUUGGCAAAUCCAAUAUAAAGUUUGCCUUAUGAAUGUUAAAAUCAUUAUGGAUUGAGAAUUCUAACAUUAUUUUGGAGGGCUUGAUUCUGAAUCUCUGUCUCAGUUGUUUAGCUUAGAGCAGUACUUUUUAAGUUGUUUCUUUGGUUCUACUGGUGAAUAAAAGUCUGACUGAAAAUGAGGAGGUGGUCAGGAAGGUCUUAAGAAAAUGUGGAGUUUUUUAUAGAAAUCUAUGGUUUUGUAAACCUUAAUGCUUUAAAAAAUAGUUAUUUUCUCAAGUGAAAUGACAAAAAUGCUCAAGAAUUGAGGGCAUCAUAUGAGUUUAGAAAAGUCUUACUAAAAAUCACAACAGUAGAAAAAGGUUUAAUUGGUUUAUUUUGCAGAUGUAUCUACUUCCUGUGGGGGGAAAAAAAAACCCAAAAUGAAGUAGAAGAAAAGUAGAUGCUGGAGUUAAUAGACUACUUUGCUAAUGUAUAUCUGGUGCGUGUAAGCCAGUCAAAUGAGACUUCUUUCUAAGACCACUUCAGUUUUACAUGCUUAAUUUCUUAUAUGAACAACUUGAUUUUAACAUUUAUACACUUCUGUUAGUAGCCUUUCUGUAAGUUUCAUUAGCAUCUAGUUAAUUUGCUGUCACACUGUUCAUUGGUUUGUAACUUCGUAAGGCUUUAAAUGCUUUGUAUUUAGAAGGGAAACACUAGGACGAUGCAGUAAGUUCACGCCACUUGCACCUUUCCAUAGUUUUUUACAGUUCUUAUGUCUGGAUGCUGAAUUUAGGAAGUGUUUUAUUAACGAUUUAGUUUCAUAAUACAGACUCUCAGCUAGGAUGCCCAGAUUGAGUUUCCUGUUCUUAUGCAAGGCUGUCUGAUUGAUUGAUGGGAACGAUUUGAAAACUGGUUGGAUUCUGUACUUCCGAAUAGUGUGAAAUUUGGCAGGCAGAAGUUACAAUCUCUUAAACGAACAUGGUAAUGGUAUCUGCUACAGCAUGAUUAGAGGUUGCUUACAGCUCUGCUUGCUGAUCUGUGUAGUGUUACUUAAAAUCUGUGCAACGUUCUGAAAAUACUAGUGGUGCAGAAAAUCCCUGCUCUGAUGCAGCAGCUUUACACUUGGCGGACCAGAUCAUCAACUGGUAUCAAUCUGUCUCAAGAUCCAUUUUCAGACUCAGUGGGUACCAGCUGAGGAUCCAAAGCCCAGGCAGAUUUCUGUCCAUUCAAAAGUGCCUUGAAGCCCCUAGUGGAAUAUUAAUAGGCAAUUAUUUAAAUGGCAUCUGUUGGGUUAUAAUUAAAAAGGAUGUGACUGUUUAGAGUGUGAUAAAACAUUAGGUUUUGAAUUGAGCUUCCUUAUCAGCUAGGCGGUUCAAAUUUAAUAGCCUAAAUAUUUUUAUGGUUGAAGCAAAGUACUAGUUGCUAAUUGCUCCCUGUUCUCUGGCAGAGAAGGUUGUAAUGUUAAUUUAGGAGGGAAAAAUUGUUUUUCCACGGAAAUCAUCCUACUUCUAGGUGGAUGAUCACAACAUACAAACACGUGUCUUCACUAUGGACAAGAAACACACAUCCACCUGGAUGUGCAAGAAAGCGGUGGUGGCUGUGGAGGGUUACAUGGCACAGGAGAGCUACAUUUCCCCCUCCUCCCGAGGUUAACCUGUUUCCUAUUUUGCAUUGGCAAAUACAAGUUCCCUAUUUUAGUCUUCCUACCUCACCUUUCUCAGUUCCUACACAACAAGACAAGGGUCUGCUUCUUAAAAUGUUUUUCUAACACAAUAAAUUAAAAUAGAAUCCUUAUGCUGAUUUCUCAUGCCUUAUUUUCUGCUUUACAGAAUGUUGUGUUCCUUACUUGUGUUCUCUGGGAUGGAAGUAAACUCUGUUUUGGUAGGGCUCUGAGAUUCCUUUGAACAUGCACCUGUUAUUAUUUGCUCUUAACUUUUUGUUAUUUAGUGAGGAUUUAUUAAAUCAGUCGACAGAAAAUACUUG